CGGCGCUACCGACUGGCAGCGCAAAGCGGAAAUGCAGUUACAGUUACAGUUGCAGUUACAGUUGCAACUGUUGCUGCUGCUUGGUUAUUUAGGCUGCGCACAGGCACAAGGAGGUAGCAGCAGCAGCAAUGUGCUGCUGGAUACGCUGGAGCUGCUGCGUCGUGGACAGCAGCAAAGCAAUUUGGAAGCGUUGGAUGCCGCUGAGCCGCCGCUUGCCAAGCAAUAUGAUUUCAUUAUUGUGGGUGCAGGCACCGCUGGCUGCGCGCUGGCAGCGCGUCUCAGCGAGAAUCCCAAGUGGCAGGUGCUGCUGCUGGAGGCGGGCGGACCCGAAAGCUACAUCAUGGAUGUGCCCAUACUGGCGCAUUAUUUGCAGCUGGGCGAGAUGAACUGGAAAUAUCGCACAGAGCCAUCGAAUGGCUACUGCUUGGCCAUGCGCGACGGACGCUGCAACUGGCCACGUGGCAAGGUGAUGGGCGGCAGCUCCGUGUUGAACUACAUGAUGUAUACGCGUGGCAAUCGCCGCGACUACGAUCGCUGGGCAGCGCUGGGUAAUCCCGGCUGGAGCUACGAGCAGUUGUUGCCAUAUUUUCGUAAAUACGAGGGUUCGUCCAUAGCCGAUGGCGAUGGCGGCUACGCUGCUGCUGGGAGACACGGACCAGUGAAGAUAAGCUACAGUCAGACGCGCACGCCUGUGGCCGACGCCUUUGUGGCUGCCAACGAGCAGGCGGGAGUGCCAGUUGGCGACUACAAUGGCGCGCAGCAGCUGCGCGUUUCCUACCUGCAGUCGAAUAUACAAAACGGCACCCGAUGCAGCAGCAAUCGCGCGUAUCUGUAUCCGUUGAAGGGCAGGCGCAGCAAUUUGCAUAUAAAGAAGCUGGCGCUGGUCACCAAGGUGCUCAUCGAUGCGCAGUCCAAGGCAGCUUAUGGCAUCAUCCUGCAGUCCGCUGCAGGUCAGCAGCGUGUGCUGGCCAAGCGCGAGGUUGUGCUCUCGGCGGGCGCCAUUAAUACGCCGCAGCUGCUGAUGCUCUCCGGCGUGGGUCCGGCCAAGCAUUUGCGUCAGUUGGGCAUUAAGCCACUAGCCGAUCUAGCUGUGGGCUACAAUCUGCAGGAUCACAUUGCGCCCGCUGUCAAUUUUGUGUGCAACGCCAGCACUUUGCAGCUGCGCAACUUUCUGAGCAGCGCUGCUUUGGCCAGUUUUGUGCGCGGCAGCGGACCGCUGCGCAUACCUGGCGGCGUUGAGGCCAUCUCGUUCCAUGCGCUAGAUGCGGCUGCACAGCAGCAGCGCUGGGCGGAUGUGGAGCUCUUUCUGGUGGGCGGCAGUCUGCAGCUAAAUCCAGCGCUGCGCUUGGCUCUGGGACUGCGUCCGGACAUAUACAAACUCUUCUUUGGCGAGCUGGAGCGCAGGCAGGCGAACGCCUUUAUGAUCUUCCCCAUGAUCUUGCGCGCCAAGAGUCGCGGACGCAUCAAGCUGCGCAGCCGCAAUCCCGCGCAGCAUCCGCUCAUCUAUCCCAACUAUUUUGCCCAUCCCUACGAUCUCAACAUCACAGUGCGUGGCAUUCGUCACGCCAUCGGCCUAAUGCAGCAGCCCGCGUUCAAGGCCAUCGAUGCGCGGCUGCUGCAGAAGCAGCUGCCCGACUGCCGCCAGUUCGCGCUGGAGAGCAGCGACUACUGGGGCUGCUAUGCGCGCCACUUCACCUUCACCAUUUAUCACUACGCGGGCACCGCCAAGAUGGGGCCGCGCUCCGACCCCAGCGCCGUCGUCGAUGCGCGUCUGCGUCUCCAUGGCAUUCAGAAGCUGCGCGUCGUCGAUGCCAGCAUCAUGCCCCAUCUCAUCGCCGGCCAUCCCAACGGGCCUGUCUAUCUCAUUGCCGAGAAGGCCGCCGACAUGAUCAAGCAGGAUCACAAUUUUCUUUAAUUAUAGCUUUGCAUUUAGCUAUAAGC